CUUGAAAUUUGCGGCACUAGAGGGCGUUCUUGUAGUCGUUAAAAAUGUUGGACGGAAUCUGUCGAAAAUGAUGAAUCCGUUUUUGCAAAUGGUUAGAACUUUCAUUAUGUUGUAGCUAAAUUACUCAUCAUGAUUCGAUUUAGUAGCUAGUAAGUGGAAAAGACAUUUUGUCGGGGAAAAGAGUGAUUUCGGUGUGCGAAAGUCAUACGACUUGUGUCAUCUGACUGCUCUUCCUUCAAGAUGGCUCCUCCGCCGGAGUAUGAUAAGGAACCCAAAGCCCCGGACAAAAGUGCCACAAAUAUUUCCACUGAAGAUUCGAAACUUCUACAUAAUCUAGUAAAUGACCAGCAUACAAAUUCAGACCACAAACCAACAAAUACGGCAGCAACCGUAGAAGUUGAGAACAACAAACAUGUGGAGACUUUAGACGACGGACAAUUGCGAGCGCUGUUGGACGAGGCUAUCACAUACAAGUGUCCCAAAGAUCGAGAGGGUAAAAGCAGUCUAUUUAAGGAGUUGCUGGAGGAGGUGGAGCAGGACGAGCAGGCGUGCGAGGCGGCGGCGCGCACGCUGGGCGGCGGGCGCGCGGCGGGCGGGCGGCGCGGGCCGCGGGGCCGUCGCGCGCUGCCGCACUCCAACUCGCUGCAGGACCUGGUGGCGGCGCUGGCGGCCGAGCCCGCGCCGCGCCGCCACCACGUGCGCCACCACGCGCCCGCGCCCGCGCACUCCGUCUCCGCGCGCGCUAUACACGGCGGCAGUCUGCCCUCCGGGGUCGACACCUCGUCGCUGCUGAGCGAGGAGCCGGCUCGGGGCGCCGGGUACCUGGCCACGGUGCGCUGCGUCAACCCGCCUCCGCUAGCCGAGAGACGCGUGUCUGCUAGCGACGCCAACACGCCCGCUGAAAUGGAACUACUCAACAGAAAUAAGCCGAUGUUCCCGAUGACGUACACGGCGCGCGCCACGCUGGAGAUAGGCAGCGGCAGCGUGUGCUCGGGCCGCGCGGUCACCACCACGACGGCCUCCAACCAGGUGCGUACCCAGCGUACCCAGCCCAACCAGCCCAACCAGCCCACCCAGCGUACUCAGCCCGCCUCACCCAUCUCCCCGCACCGCACCACACCACAACUCCGACUCAUGAACGCUUUGCGCCCUCAGAGGCAACUCGAUCAGGGUGGUGGGAUGCAUGAGCUACCGGAACUCGAAGCACGCACCGCGCCACGGACCGACAGACCGCGCGGCCCGGUCGCACUAUGCCGACACUACCACAGUGCGGAAGACCAGCCUGUCGGACACGCCGGAAACGUUACAUCAAAGAAAAAGCACACAGACAAUUCUCAGCUGUGGGCCGAUAAUGUUGAUAACUGGUAUAAAGGCUUGUCGACCUACACGCACCCUCUAUAUUACAGUAAUGAAAAUCAAACAGAAACACGGCUUGUGAAUACUAAAGCAAUGGAUAAUAAAAAUAAACAAAAUAACAUUGCAGCUACCAGCGUGGAAAGCAAGUCUGAUUUAAAGUAUGCAGGAGCAAGUCAUGACAAUAAUUGUGAUGAUGCAGGUCUAAAAGACGAUUUAGAAAUAAAUGUUAUGUCUCGUAUACCAGAGCCAAAUAGACUGAAAGAAUCUCGAGGUUUUAGAGAUGUGCGUCGUUACGACGAUGGACUGAAUAGGGUUGAAAACUCGAAACAUGACUAUGAUGAUUGUGAUAUAGAUUUAAGAAAAAAGUAUAGGAAACAAGUAGGAGGUAACUUAGUAGUACCAACUCCGUCGGAUAGAAAUCCCAGGAAUAUUAGACGUAUGACUAUAGGGCAGAUAGCUUUGCCACAAACUCAGGAUACCUUCUGUACAGAUACAGAUGACAAUACCAAAAGUAUUAAUUCCAUAGAUACGCAGGAAAGUUCCUAUAGUAUUAAUAAAAAUGAGGGUACUUCUCCUGGAGACUUUAGUCAAUUUGAAGGAGCUUCGAGUUCAUUAUGUGCUAGUCCCAACAAGGCUCCUGGUGAUACGAAUGCUAACAAGCAAAGUCAAUCACUUGAUCACCCUGCGAAAGAUUGUGACACAUGUGAUGAAGUGGAAGACAUUUCUUGGCUAACAACCCCAACAAGCGAUAAUCAUUCUGAAGGUAAAGAUAUAGAAUUGACUGAGGUAAAGUCUAAGAAUCUAAGCAUCUACAGUAUAGAAAAUCUAAACAUCAGUAAUAUAGACAAUCUAGACAUGAGUAAUAUAGAAAACCUAACCGUCUGUGAUAUAGAGGGGUCAUUCGAACAAUUUAUGUUGAACCAACAAGUAUUUCUGCAGAGUAUAGAGGGUGAGGGUGAUGGGAACAGUAUUAUGUUAGUUACCCAAGACAGUGAAAAAGAGAACCUAAUAGAACCUGUAUCCGAAUCUGAAACAUGUAGUUCCAAUAAGGACGUAGAACCGAGCCUUCAGUCGUUGUGGUCACGGUGCCCGGACCCUAUGUGUGGCGACCAUAACUGCCAGGCCGGCAAUCACAGCAAGCCACGGGAUGAGCAAAACUCAACGAACGACCAGAUCGUCUUAGCCCAGCUUCCUAACAAUGCUUAUAUUUUUUUAACAUUACCUCAGCCUUUAACUUCACAUAAUAAUGUUAACAUUUCUGUCCAGCCACGUCAAAUAGAAAAUAGUAACGAUGUUAAUCCUAUUGUUUCUAAAAGUAAUAACAAAUCAAACAAUACUAAGAAGAAAAAACAAAAAGCUUCUGGCGGCACCUCAGAUCAAGCCGUCAGUAGCGACGCGAAGAAAAGCGCACUAGAUAAAAAUAUCCUUAAAGUACUACUGUUUGAAAAUCUCUUUAAUAACAACGUUAAUGAAAAUAUAUCGCACACUUCCGAGGUGCCUGCUAUCACCAGUAAAGAGGUCGAUUCCGCUAUUUCGUUUAGUUGCAUCACAACUCCAGAGGUUGUGUCCAGUUGCAACACGACGUCGUCCACGGCGCAGUCGGCGGUCGCCGUCGAUCCCAAGCCUCGCAGCGUCAUCUCCAGCAGUUUCAACGGCCUGCCACUGUCGCGGCCCAACUACGGAGCCACUGGCAACUCCGCUCCAGAAGAGUACAAGAAGUCUCUAGAUGAAAACGGCAACUCAGUACAAGGAUUCAGUUCACCUCUUUCGGGAUCUAGUCAACAUAAAAAACCUCGGAGGAAAAAGUCUUCAAAGAAUGAGACCGUUAUCGACUGCCAGCAGAUUGACGGCUACCAAGGAGAUAAGGAUGUAAACGAGCUCUUGCGGUUCAUAGAAUCGAACGCUGAUAAUGGUCGCGGUCCAAAACUAGGACGGGUAAAGCACAAGGAUGACUCCGACGACAAGAGUGGCAAGAAACGCUCUACUGAGCGACGCAAAGACAAAGAAAACAAAAUCAAACGCGCUACCUCCAUGGAGGAGCUAUCUCGCACCAAGAUAGAAGACCUCACCGAUGUGACCGAGUCCCCACUGCGCAGCGAUAAGAAGGAGCGCCGUAGCGACGCGCCCAACAAGGCCGAGCGACGCUCGUGGGGAGACGACGCGCGCGACACUAUACUGUACAGCGACCCGCCCGACUGCCCCGCCGCCGCCGAGCUUACCGACUUCCAAACCGUCACUAAGAAGCGCAAGCCGCGGCGUCGCACCGACGAACCCGAACCCGCGCCGCGACGCACGCGUCCCCCGUCGCCCCGCCCCCGCCGCGAGUCCGCGCCCCCCUCCGACCGCAGCAAUGACUCCAACGACGACAUGGAUUCCGUGCACUCCCUUCCCGGCGCCCCUCCUGCGCCUCCGGCCGCGCCCCCGCCAGCGCAGGCCUCGUACGCAGACAUCGCGCGCACACGUCACAACAUCCCUGACCUCAUCGAGUCCUGCAACUUCUACGGCGACGGCGCGGCGCCGCCCGCCGCCGCUCCCGCCGACGCCGACGGCUACCCCGCGCUGGACGCGCGCCAGGCGGCUCGGCGCCGCGACAAGGCGCCCACGCUGCGGCGCAAGGAGCGGACAACGCCGCCGGCCGACGGCGGCGCGGCCGAGGCGCCGGCCCCCGACGUGGUGGCGGACCGGCGCCCCGCCGUCAUCCUGCUGGACUCGGGCGCGCGGCCGCGGGACAUGGACGGCGUCACCUUCGGCUUCGAGCUGAACGAGCAGCUACUGGGCGGCGGCGCGCGGCGGCCGCGCUGCGAGCUGGCGCUGGGGGCGCUGUCGCGGCCGCGCUGCGACCUGGUGCGCGACGCGGCGGACGCGGUGGCGGUGCGCGCGGGGCUGAGCGCGCUGCGGUACGUGCCGCCGGCCGCGCCGCCCGACGCCGCGCAGCUGCUGCAGCUGGUGGACUACGUGGCCGCCGCCUGGGACGACGUCAUGCGCGCGGCGCCCUCCAAGCUGCGCUACUACACCGAGUAA